UGUGCCGGGGAGUCUCGAGCAACGCCCAGGCUCCCUGGACCUCUGUCACCAUGGCUCUCCACAAAGUAAUUAUGGUCGGUGGAGGUGGUGUAGGCAAGUCAGCGUUGACAUUGCAGUUUAUGUACGAUGAGUUCGUGUCGGAUUACGAACCCACAAAGGCCGACAGCUACAGGAAACAAGUAGUGUUGGAUGGAACAGAAAACAACAUUGAUAUCUUGGAUACUGCCGGACAGGAAGACUACGCCGCAAUCCGUGAUAAUUACUUUCGCAGUGGAGAAGGGUUUCUCUGCGUCUUCUCCAUUGUGGAGAGCGAGUCCUUUCAAGCCACAUCCGACUUCAGGGACCAGAUUUUGAGGGUGAAACAGGACGACCGCGUUCCGUUCCUGCUUGUGGGGAAUAAGUGUGACUUGGAAGAUAAGCGCCAGGUGUCCACGGCGGACGCGCAGGAGAGAGCGUCGCAGUGGGGUGUGCCCUACGUUGAGACGUCGGCUAAGACCAAGCAGAACGUGGACAAAGUCUUCUACGACCUCAUGCGUGAAAUUAGAAAUCGCAAGGCAGCAGACGGCGGGAAUGGGGCUGAUCCGAAGAGCAAAAAGGGAAAGAAGAAGGGAGGCUGCAUAAUACUGUGAAUCCUAGACGUGUCAAGAAUUAGUGGUGAGAGCAGUGCGUGCAUCUUCAGUCACUGAUGGGUGCGGAGGAACGGGAUUGGAACUGCCAUGUGGGUGCUGCGUGCAGUGCCCAGCACAACUGUGCGAAGAACUUUUUUUUUAGUGUGCAACCGAUUGCACAGUCAUAAUCAUUGCGUAUCUUUUGUAAUGAGGUUUGCUACACCAUUACUACUUCAAAAUAGAUUUGUCAUUUCUACCCAAGUUCCAAGUCAUACCGGUAGUUGUUUCUGUUCAGUUCCAGGCUAAGUGGUAUGCAUAUUGUAGAUCGUGUUAGCGUAAUGAGUUGCAUAUGUCACAAUCCAUAGGUUAACGAGCUUACAGGCAUAUCCCCCCCCCCCCCCUUGCACAAUCACACACAUUGGACAUUGAAGCCCUAACGAAAUCCAAUCCUGAGCUUUGCCGAAGGCGUGUUAUUACGACUGUCACAUAGUGGCUUGGUACGUCUGACGAGAGAGAGA